AUGAACUCACGCAACGAAGCUGGCGGGGUCAUCCCCAUGGACUACGAGUGGCAUGGUGGGAGCUCUGGGCCGGUGGACUUUACUUCGCCCUUUUCGCAAGUUCGCAAGCAACCUCAACCAGACAACAAGAAGCGAUCACAUCAGGCCUUUGAGUCUCCUGAAAAGCCAUCCAUACCCGCACUUCGUCCCCCGAACUCCCAAUCGUCCUUCCUCUUCUCCCCGACGCGGCAACAGACAUCUACUCCAUCUCAGUCAUCUAUCUUUGGACAACCAGCCUUUACGACGCCACGCAAGCUUGAAGUGGACUUCUCGUCCGGUGCGGAGAACUUCUCCUCCCCCGAAGCGGCGGAUAACGAGGAAACACCGGAGCCACAAACCAAGAGCGUACGGCGCAAUUCAUUGUUCAACCAAUACGGCCGGUUUGCGCCCAGUCCGGGGAGAGGGGAGAUUCCGCGCAAGGUACUCUAUUCUCAGAGCGCCGCUCGCAAAGUACAAAAGCGGCGGACACGGGACAGGGCGAUUGGGAGGAAAGUCCGACUGGAGGACGACUACGAGGACGAUGAAAGCGACAGGCCCAGCAGCAGUGAAGGACGAGCAGAAAAGAGAGGAAAGAUGAAGAAGGCCGACUCACCGCCGGUUCCAGCCCAGUCCGAGUCGGCAAAAAUCGGCUUCUUCAAGCAGCUGUUGACUCUCCUGGAGGAGCAUCCCAACGUCCCGGCCAUCCUAUCCUGGUGGGCGCAGCUGGUCGUGAACUUGUCGCUGUUCUCCCUCGCCGUGUGGAUGGUGUUUUCGGUCGUCUCCGAAAUUCGCAACGAGUUCGACGCCGUGGCUAGCAAGGAGAUGGAUGCGAUCUUACACAAUAUUGCAGAGUGCAUGCAACGAUACGAGGACAACAAAUGCGCGGCGGGGAAUCUGGUACCAGGUUUGAUCCCAAUCUGCGCCGCGGACAGAAAAUGCAUGGAUACGGAUCCCACCCAUGUGAGACGGGCCAUGCUUUCCGCCAGAACGAUGGCUCAGAUCAUCGAUAGCUUCAUUGAGCCGAUUUCAUGGAAAGCGAUUAUCAUCUUCCUCGCCACCAUCGGCACGGUAGCAUGGGCCAGUAACUGGUCCUUCCGCUCCUUCAGAAAAAACCGUUUGAACCAAGGCUAUCCACAGCACGACUACCCUCCUCCGCCUACAUAUAACCCCAACAUGCACGGACAGCCACUCCAUCUCCAACAAAAUGCUGCAUACGGCUUCUAUACCCAGCAGGAAUCUCCAACCAAGAAUUACAAGGAGAGAGAAGAUGGUCCCUUGCUUUUGGAAAACACUCGACCCAUGGACUUUGUCACGGAGCGCUCACGCGAACGAGAGAGUCAUCUUCGCACACCGAGUCCUUCCAAGAGGAUGCAUCGGCAAUUUGCCUAG